AUGAAGGCAAGCCUCUUCCUCUUCUCCGUCCUCGCGGCCAUCGCAGCCGCGCAGAACCCCACCGAUGUGGUGAACGACAAGCCCAGCCCGACCGUCAAAGACAACACCAAGACAGUCAAGCGCGAUGUCUAUGCCACACCCGAAGCGGACUCCAUUCCCACCGUCCUCGAAGAGCGCGAGGCGGAGACCACCGGUGAGGUUGGGGAGGAGACGAAGUAG